AUGGCUCGUCGACUCAGACCAAGGUCCGGAGCUGCAAAUGCUCCAGCGCCAAAAAGAGUGUGUUUUGAUUCUUCACAACCAUUGAUUCGAAGACUAGAACCAACCCCAGAUGCUUACCAACCACGCCGUCGAACUGCGGAACAGGCUCUACUCGAGGAGAACGCUUUGAAAAACUUUAUACUACCAUUUUUAGGACCGUCGUCAGGUGAUCGACGCUACUCACUCCGAAAUUCUGGCUUUCAAGCUACUGAAAGACAAGUUGAUGUAGUUACAAGGGCUGAGGGACACGUUAAAGCUCAAGCGACUGGAGGAGCAGCUCAACCGACAGGAUUAACUCAACAAGUGGAGCUCGGAAUCGGAGAAGCGCUAUCGUCAGUACCGUCGUCAAGAGAUAUUCGCCACGCACUCCGAAACUCUGGUUUUGAAGCUACCGGAAAACCAGCUGCCGGAGUUCCAAGAGCAGAGGAUCGAGAUAAAGCUCAAGCGACUGGACGAACAGCUCAACCGACCAGACAAAUUCAAAAAGUGGGGCUAGGUCUUGGUGGAGCGCCAUCGUCAGGACCGUCUUCAAUAGAACUUCACUACGCACUUCGGAACGCUGGUAUUCAAGCUACUGGAGUCGCACUUGCUGAAGCUCCAAAAGCACCAGAGCCGAAGAUCGCGGAACAGAUGGAAGCAGAUGACCAAGAAGUUCAAGAAACUGGACAAAUAGCUCAAUCAGCUGGACCAGAAGCUCGACUGGCUAGACCAAUUCAAGCAACGGGACUUCGUCCUGCACCGUCUGUUCAGCGACCAAUUUUAGUACAUCACCGAAACUAUCGAGAUCUUGUUGCAAGAAGAAUCGCUUUGGAUGUGGCCCACUUCAAUAACGUCAACAAAGAGUUUGGAAAACAUUUCACACGCUUCAGACAUUUGGAAAUGUACGAAUGGAUUAAUUUGCUUUCCAAUGAAGCUCGAGCCUAUUUGGACAAAAAACAUCGCGAGGAUGUUAUGCCGAUAUUGAGAGCGAAUGGAAUCAGCAUGGAAGAAGCAUCCGAAUUUGUAAAGAGAAGAAGUGAGAUGUAUGAGGAGAUUGAGAACGACUACAUUGGAAGUGUUUUCCAAAGACAUCGUCGAGAGAGUCCAGCAGACAACAAACUUCUCCAACUGAUGAUUGAUGAUUGCGACACCGAAGAGGAGUUCGUACAAAAGACAAUUCACGUCGUACUGCCGCACAGUUUGAAAACUGCUCAUCACCAAAUGUUCAUCAAUCUUACCAUGCAUCCUCUUCUUGUUCGCCAACUUCAUCUUCGUCUCCAUUUCCCAAUGUUCUUGGUCAUCAUUGGAUUGGAUAACUCUUUCAAUGUUCUACUUUGUCUCGUAACCGUCCGCUUUUAUAUCAGCGCUUUUGUGUAUCAUUAA